UGUUAGGAAUUAUGGUAUGCAGAGCUGAAACAAAGGAAAAUUGGAUCAUUUUUUUGAAGCAUUUGAAGGAUGCAAUAUUAGCACAUCCAGUGAAAGUGGCUUUCAUUUCAGAUAGGCAAAAAGGUUUAUUGGAAGCUGUUGGUAUAGUGUUUCCUGGCCAUCACCACAGAUACUGUUGGAGACAUUUAUACAAAAAUUUCAAGAAGGAUUACAAGGGUCUUGAAUUAUACAGUUCUUUAUGGAAUGCAGCAAAAGCAUACAAAGAAAAGCAUUUUCAGGAACAUUUUGACAAUAUUGUGAAACAGAGUGCUGCAGCUGGUGCUUAUCUCAGUAGAGAAGAUCCUGCUACAUGGUCCAGGGCCUUUUUUAACCCUAUUCACUGUUGUGAACAUAUGAACAACAAUUUUUCAGAGUCUUUUAACAAUAUGAUCAACAAGAUGAGAAAUAAACCAAUUAUAAUGAUAGGAAUAAUGUAUGCUAACAUACUUGCCAAGACUUGCUCUUGUUUGCAGUGGCAGUUGAGGGGGUUCCCCUGUAUGCAUGCAGUGAGUGCAUUGCAUAGCAUAAGGCCACAAUGGAGAAAGUACUGCAGUGAUUACUAUUCAGUGGAGAACUAUAAGGCCACAUAUGCACCAACUUUUGCACCACUAGAUGAUAAAAGUGAAUGGGUCCAGCCAAACAUGAACAAGAAGAUCUUGAACCCUCCUCACAGUAGGAAACCAGGAAGACCCAAGAGCAAGAGGGUAAGAAGUUAUGAUGAACCUCGUGUUGAGAAGACAAAAAGGAGGUGUGGGAAAUGUGGAAAUGUUACUAACCACAACAAAAGAACAUGUGCUGGUGGUGAAGUGGGAUCUAAUCCAACUGCAAAGAGGCAAAGGACUGAAUGUGAUGCACAAAGCUUCACCUUCAGCAACAUAGAGCCAAGUCAGACCACCGGAGUUAGGGGUGCAGCUAAGUCAAACAAGAAGAGAACGGCAUCAUUUGUUGGUGAAUGUUUUACAGGGCCUGGCAGUCAGCCUUUGGCAACACCAUCUUCUACUCCAGCUUCCACAACACCUAUGAGUCUGCCAUCUAUAGCACCAUCUUCUACUCCACCCUCUACAAUAAAUAACCUUUAUCAGAACUUCUUUGGCAUUGGAUCUGUAUCUCAGAAUAUAAAACAAGGAAAGGGAAGGGGAAAUGGAAAGGCUAAGAAGAAAUGAUUUGAGAUCCGUUUUCUGAUUUUUUGUGUUUAA